GUGUACGGUAGGACAACGUCGAACACGAAACUUCUAAUGCAGUUUCUUGAUCCAUUGGUUUUCCCUGCACUAUUUCGUUGAAAUUUCAACAAGUUUCUACCGACAACGGAGAUCUUAGUUCAUUCCAAUUGAAAGAGCAUUGCAUCGAAAUGAGAGAAUACAGUUGAUAAACAUGGAGAUUAAAAUGGAUCCACGACAACAUCUGUUUUCGAUUGCGUUAAUUUUAUUAGUACUGGCAGCACGCACAUCCUACGGCGUCACGCGACCAAUAAAAAUCGGAGCAAUUUUUCAUAAGGGCGAUGAGGAUCGAAUAUCUACGUUCCUAACAGCAAUCUCAAAGACAAAAUACGAAAAUUUUGCGCCUGCAUUCGAGCUUAUUCCUGUCACUAAGUAUGUUGAUGUUAAUACCGAUAGCAUGAAAACUGCUAUCGCCGCUUGUGAGCUUCUUGAAGAAGGUGUGGCAGCCAUUUUCGGACCUACUAGUCGGCAUACACGUGGUAUAGUGGCAAGCAUUGCUGCGCGAUUUGAUAUACCGCACAUCGAGUAUGUCUGGUCGGAAAAUGAAAGAUUAGAAGAGGAAAGCGAGAAAAAGAAGACGCCAUCAAUGACCAUAAACGUGUUCCCUGCUAGUGAGAAAGUCAGCAAGGCUAUUGCCGAUGUCAUUGAGUCAAUGAAAUGGCGAAACUUCGUAGCGAUUUACGAAAACGAUGAGGGAUUGUCGCGCCUUCAGAAGACUUUGACACUAAAGGGAGACAAGGAUAAUCCGCUUACACAUACGACACGACAAUUGAACGAAGGACCGGAUUAUCGUACGAUGCUCAAAGAGAUACGUUCUUUGUCGGUGUGCAAUAUAAUUAUUGAUGUCGAGCCGCAAAACAUCAUGGAGGUUCUCUAUCAGGCGAAGGAUGUCAGGCUGCUAACAGAUUAUUGUCACCUUGUCAUAACAUACUUGGAUUCAACCAAGCUACCCCUUGUCGAAGUGCGAAACGGUACCAUCAAUAUCACCGGACUCAGUUUGAGGGAAAACGAUGUCGAUGGAGUCGAUUGGCUAGAUUCAGCGAUCCUCUAUGACGCGGUAUUUUUGCUGAAUAAAGCACUAGAGGUGUUGAAUACGAGAAACAUUGGUAAUGAGGAAUAUAUAUCCAUCGAUCCUGUGCCACUCUCGUGCACCAAUACUAGUAGAAAAUAUCAAGCAGGACGUAACAUUACCAGCGUUAUGCGAGAGUUAUCAGACGUGGGGAAGAUAACGGGCGUUAUGAACAUUGACGAGUACGGUCGUCGACAAGAUUUUAACUUGAAGAUUCUGACCUUUCGACAAUAUGAUAUUAUACAAUCGGGCUUCUGGGAUUCCGACGGUGUGCAUCUCAUGCGGACUGAGAAGGAGCUAGAAAGCUACUUGUUCCAAACAAUGAAAGGCAGACAAUUCCUGAUCAGCACCAAAGUAACUCCUCCCUAUAUAAUCGAGGUGACCGAUGGGACAACACGCGGAGUGCUAAUCGAAGAAAGCAGGUACGAAGGUUACUGCAUCGAUCUCAUUGAGGAGGUGGCAGCAUAUCUAGGUUUCAAACCUAAAUUCGAACUCGUACCUGACGGUCAGCAUGGGAGUUAUAACUCACAAACGAAGACAUGGAACGGUUUAAUCAAGCGUCUCCUAGACCGUGAAGCCGAUUUUGCCAUAUGCGAUAUGACAAUUACAUAUCAGAGAAAGUCCGCUGUGGAUUUCAGCAUGCCUUUCAUGAAUCUCGGUAUCAGCAUCUUAUACACCAAACCGGAAGAGAGGGAGCCAGAAAAUAACUUCUCAUUUUUGCAUCCUCUCAGUACCGAUGUUUGGAUGUAUAUGGCUACUGCUUAUCUCCUCGUAUCGAUAAUGUUAUUUCUACAGGCCAGAAUGGCGCCUGGUGAGUGGGAUAACCCACAUCCAUGCAAUGCCGAUCCCGAGGAGCUUGAAAACAAUUUUAACCUUAAGAAUUCGUUAUGGCUAACCAUUGGUUCUCUCAUGCAGCAAGGCUCGGAUAUUCUGCCCAAAGCACCGUCUAUUCGUAUGCUCGCAAGUAUGUGGUGGUUCUUUACUUUGAUCAUGAUCAGUUCGUACACAGCGAAUCUGGCUGCUUUUCUCACUGCGGUGAAAAUGGAAGCACCUAUUAAAGGUGUUGAAGACCUAGCUAAGCAAACUAAGAUCAAAUACGGAGCGAUGCAAGGUGGCGCGACAUCAACAUUUUUCAAAGAUUCGAAUUAUUCGACAUACAAAAGAAUGUGGGCUGCCAUGUCGGAAUGGAGGCCGAGCGUGUUCACUGCAAGCAAUGAUGAAGGUGUCGACCGAGUUGUCAAGGGCAAGCGUCAGUACGCCUUUCUCAUGGAAUCCACGACUAUUGAAUACAAAAUGGAGCGCAACUGCGAACUCGACAAAAUAGGUGGCCUCAUUGACAAUAAGGGCUACGGGAUCGCCAUGCCACGAAAUUCCCCAUACAGAACAUUGAUCAACAAAGCAAUACUAACGCUAGGAGAAACGGGCAGGUUACAGGCAUUGAAAAAAAAGUGGUGGCAAGAAAUGGGUGGAGGAUUGUGCGUAAAAGAUGACGCGGACAAAAGUGUUAACUCAAGUGAAUUAGGUCUUUCAAACGUCGGAGGCGUGUUUCUCGUUUUGAUGUAUUGUUGCGGCGCUUCGCUCUUUGUUGCUCUUUGCGAGUUUUUAUGGAACAUACGCAAAGUCGCUGUGAGAGAGAAGAUCACGCCAUGGGAAGCGCUAGUUGCCGAGCUGAAAUUCGCCGUCAAUAUUUUUGCGGUUAAAAAACCUGUCAAAAUUGCCAAGAGCAAUAACAGCAGUGCGAGCUCCAUGGAAGGUGGAAUUGGCAGAGCUGCAUCUACGGCUCGAUCAAUCGUUGGCUCGUUCCUUCGCCUCGACAUGCUCGAUAAAUUUGAUAAAGAUCACAACACGGACAACCGCGGCAAUGAUCGUAAAAUUAAUUGACGAUCGCCAGGGGACUUGAACUAAUCACCAAGUUUUGAGAUAACACAAAAUUGAAUACGAAGGCCUUGCACUAGCAUACUAUAAACGUAUAUAUCUAAUCGAUAAUAAAUAUACAUACAUACCGAUUAACA